UUCAUUUCCAGCCUGACCCUCCCAGCUUCCUGCCUCCCUCUAUAGGGUGGAGUCUCUCCCCUGAGGGCAGGGCCAGGGCCUUUGUGACUCCUGUGGGGCCUCAACCUGUAAAUCCCUGUAGACCAGCCUGCUGCCUGGGAAGAGAACUGCAAGACCUCUCCCCCUCUGGGAUCCUUCUCCCUGCCCAGCUCAGUCUGCAGAGGACCAAGGCCUGGCCCCAGCAGGGAGCCUGGAGCCAGAGGGAAUGGUCCCUGGGAGCAGCUGCCCCACUCCCCAGGGGUUGGUGACAUUCAAGGAUGUGGCUGUGGACUUCACCCAGGAGGAAUGGGGCCUCUUGGACCAUCCUCAGAAGGCGUUGUAUAAGGGGGUCAUGCUGGAGAAUGCCCGGAACUUGCUCUCCCUCGGGCUGCCAGUUCCCAGAGAAGACAUGAUCUCUUCCUUUGAGCAAAGGGAAGGCCCAUGGAUGCUGGAGCAAGAAGGCCUGAGUAGCUGCUGUCCAGGCGGAGAGAUGAGCCUGGAAAUGAAGGAAGCUGCUACACAGCUAAGCCUUUCUGUGGCAGAAACUCCCAAGCAAAGAUUCAUGAGUGAUGGUCCCUUUGCCUUCAAUUGGAGAGAAGUCUGCAAAACACUUGAGAGUAUCCAACGUGGAGAGAAACCAUAUGACUGUAAUCAAUGUGAGAAGGCUUUUAGACAGAAGGGAUGUCUUAUUGCACAUCAGAGAACACACACUGUAGAGAAGCCUUAUGAAUGUAAUCAAUGUGGAAAGGCUUUUACUGAUAAGCGGAAUUUGGGUAGACAUAGAAAAAUCCACAGUGGAGAGAAACCUUACGAAUGUAAUCAAUGUGGAAAGAGUUUUAGAGUGAAGGCUUCUCUUAUGACACAUCAGAGAAUCCACACUGGAGAGAAACCUUAUGAAUGUAAUCAAUGUGGAAAGACUUUUAGAGUGAAGGCUUCUCUUAUUAGACAUCAGAGAAUCCACACUGGAGAGAAACCUUAUGAAUGUAAUCAAUGUGGGGAGACUUUUAGAGUGAAGGCUUCUCUUAUUACACAUCAGAGAAUGCACACUGGAGAGAAACCUUAUGAAUGUAAUCAAUGUGGAAAAGCUCUUCAAUGCAGGGAAAGUCUUAUCACACAUCAGAGAAUCCACACUGGAGAGAAACCUUAUGAAUGUAAUCAAUGUGGAAAGACUUUUACAUGGAAAAAUAGUCUUGUUAAACAUGAAAGAAUCCACAGAGGAGAGAAACCUUAUGAAUGUAAUCAAUGUGGAAAAACUCUUCAACGCAGGGAAAGGCUUAUUACACAUCAGAGAAUCCACACUGGAGAGAAACCUUAUGAAUGUAAUGAAUGUGGAAAGACUUUUACAUGGAAACUUAGUCUUGUUAAACAUAGAAGAAUCCACACUGGAGAGAAACCCUAUGAAUGUAAUCAAUGUGGAAAAACUCUUCAAUGCAGGGAGAGUCUUAUUACACAUCAGAGAAUCCACAGUGGAGAGAAACCUUAUGAAUGUAAUCAAUGUGGAAAGGCUUUCAGAUGUAGGAAGUCUCUUGGUAAUCAUCAGAGAACACACACUGGAGAGAAACCUUAUGAAUGUCAUCAGUGUGGAAAAGCUUUUCAAUGCAGGAAAAGUCUUAUUACACAUCAGAAAAUCCACAGUGGAGAGAAACCUUAUGAAUGUAAUCAAUGUGGAAAGACUUUUAAAUGGAAACAUAAUCUUGUUAAACAUGAAAGAAUCCACGGAGGAGAGAAACCUUAUGAAUGUAAGCUAUGUGAAAAGGCUUUUGCAGAGAAAGUCAGUCUUGUUAUACAUGAAAGAAUCCACACUGGAGAGAAAGCUUAUGAAUGUAAUCAAUGUGGAAAGACUUUUGCACAGAAAGUCAGUCUUGUUAUACAUGAAAGAAUCCACACUGGAGAGAAACCUUAUGAAUGUAAGCAAUGUGGAAAGGCUUUUGCACAUAAAGUCAGUGUUGUUAGCCAUGAAAGAAUCCACACUGGAGAUAAACCUUAUGAAUGUAAUCAAUGUGGAAAGGCUUUUACAUGGAAAAUUAGUCUUGUUAAACAUAGAAGAAUCCACACUGGAGAGAAACCUUGUGAAUGUAAUCAAUGUGGAAAAGCUUUUCAAUGCAGGGACAGUCUUAUUACACAUCAGAGAAUUCACACUGGAGAGAAACCAUACAUGUAAGCGCAGUCUUGUUUAACAUAGAGCAAUCUACACUGGAGAGAAGCCUUAUGUAUGUAAUUAAUGUGGAAAGCCGGUUGCAUUUAAGAAUUGCCUUGUGAAUCAUGAGAGGAUCCACACUGUAGAGAAACCUUACAAAUAUAAUCAAUGUGGAAAUGGUUUUACACAGAGAGUUGGUGUUUGUUAUUGCUCAUCAGAGACCCCACACUGGUGAGAAACCUUUUGAAUGUACCCCGUGUGGAUAAGCUUUUAAACAGAAGUUCUCUUUUACUGAACAUCAGAGAAUCCACACUUGAGAGAGACCUUAUGAGUAUACCCAGUGUCGCAAGGCUUUUAAACAGAGGAACCAUCAUAACGAACAUCUGAGCAUCCACACUGCAGAGAAACCUUAUAAAUAUACCCAAUAUGGAAAGGCUUUUACACAAAAGUCCUCUCUCACUGGACGUAAAAGAGUCUACAAUGAAGAGAAACCUUAUGAAUGUACCCAGCGCAGAAAGGCUUUUAAACAGAGGAACCAUCUCAACUGGCAUCAGAGCAUUCACACUGGAGAGAAACCUUAUGAAUGUGAUCAUUGUGGUAGAACUUCAGGCUAAAGUCAAUUCUUGUACCUUCAGAGAAUUCAUGUGAGACGUAGGACUCUUCUAACUGACCUGAAUGAGGAAAGGCAUUAAAAUGGAGUACAGAGAUUCAUAGCAGAAAAUUCAUUCGGGAUACAAGCCAUGUAUGUACUCCCUAUGGGAAGGCUUGCAACCAGAGAUCAUCUCUUAUCCUCUCAUCAGAGGGUUUAUAAUGAAAAGAAACCUCAUGAAUGUGCUUAGUAGAACGUGCCUUACUCUAGAACAUGGAGGUCACAGGUGAAGAUGAAAUUUUGUGUCUGAAUAUAACAGAAAGAUGAGAUAAGGAAAAUAUUUCAUGCCAUCCUUCCAGGUUGCACAACCAGAAAAGGAGGCAAUUGUCGGAUAAAGUACAGAACUAUACGAAAGAAUACAUCUGGAUGUUUUCAUAACAAGGAAAAGACUUUGUGCCAAUCUUUUGUCAACUGGGGAACAAUCUUUGGUGAAGGGAAGAAAUCAGAUUUGUUUGAUGAAGGAUAUUAGAACUGGAGCAGUUGAGGGGAAUGUUGUGUUCUCCCACAGCCACCUGCAUGCUUGUAUUCAGAGUCAAUCCAGGCCACUGCAGUUGAGAGUCAAGAAACUUCUCAUUCAGUUGAGAUCAUUUCUGCCUCCUCAUUGGGAAAGCCCACAAUGAGCAGCAGGAAAUGGGGCAGCAAUCACAUUUUAAGAAGGCACAGAGACACGCUCUGAAGAGUGUGGAGUAACAGAGUGGGAGAGGGCAGAGCUCUCAGCCUGGGAAUGGGAUUGGGAAGGGAAGUAGAAUGAGGAAGAGAAGGGAGGGGGAGAAGCAGAGAACAUCUGUCGCCCAACCAUGGCUUAGAGUUGGGGUCCCUAGGCAGCUUGGACUGGGGAUGGCUGGGGAUGCAGUGGAUGACCUUGGCAUCUUCCAUGUCUGCGCGAGCUCAAAGCCCUCCACAGAGCCUGCUUCAGCCACUUUCAUGGCUGUUGGAAGAAAUUGUUCUCAUCUGCCCAUUCCUGGGUGGGAGAGCAUAGUUCUUGUGCUUGGGGUUGGCACCCUCUCCCUCACCCAUGUGUUUGUGGCCUUUCAGUAAACCUCAAGCUGGAUUAGCCAGAGGCAGAUUAGCAAGGGUGGCUGCUGGGCAUGCUACAACUUCUUGGGGCCACAGGGGAGAGUUGGGUGAGAGGUGCACACCCAAGGAGUAUGAAAAGGGCUCAGCCAGGCCUCCUACCAGAGGGGCUAGUCCUCCAUGAACAGGUACAUACCUGGAAAGCAAGAGAGAUGGAGCUAAAGACACCCUAGCAAGAGGGAGAGAACGUUCCCAGCUUGGGGACAGCCAUUGGAAAGGCCAAGUCAGGAGAUCAGGUCUUGGUCAAACAUGAGCUAGGAGGACAGUGACCCUGGGUCAGAGAGCAGGAGGAGGAGGAAGAGAGGAGUGAGGUGUAAGAAGACUGGAAAGUGGGGUGGGUCUGGUUAUAUGUACCUGCUGUGGGCCAGGCACCUUGUCCAUUUUAGCUCAUUUGAUUCUACUUCCAGAAUUGUCAGGGUCCUUGUUAGUGACAUUCUGAAUAAGGCACUGGGAAACACACAUGUACACAGAAACCAACACACGAGCACACGCACUCACAAAUGCACACAUAAACACAUGUGCACAUGCAGAUAUGGAUUUAGAUGUAGAUUUUCCCUUCCUGAGGUCUGGGACUGGCCCAGAGAUUGGGGUGUGAUCAGGUAAGUCCCUUAGGUAGAAAAAGAUAGAGAGAGGUGAAUUUUUUAAAAAUGAGUUUAAAAUGUUAAUGUGAU